UUUUUUUUUUUUUUAUAUAUAUAAAUAAAUUGAUGACAACAACAAGCAAGCAAAAAUACCAAAUACCCAAAUGAUGUCUAGUGUGAAACCAUAAAAGCGAAGCACGAAGGAAAUAAUAAAAACGCAUAAGAAAACUAUAUAGAGCAAAAAAAAAAAAACAAAAACAAACUUUAUACCAAAAGAAAACCUCACCACCUGUCCCCCACUCAGAGAGAUAAAGUAAACAAAAAGAAAAAAAAAAAAAAAGGAGAAAAAAAAAACUGUUUUACUCUUCCUCAAAUCAAAUAACGGAAGUAAAAGAAAGUAGAGGAAGGCGAAGCAAAGAAGAACUCAUCUAAUUUUGUAUUCGGAGAGAAGAGUUGAGAGAGAAAAAUAACGGGAACAUAUAAUAUUUGUAACUCACACGCACUUUUAUCACUUUUUGCUGUAAUUUGCUGCGAAGGCAACAAGCAACAAAUUGGAAGAACAACAAAAACUCAGGUUUAUAAACAAAAAAAUUUGAUAAAAUUUAAAGGAGGGCAAGAGCACGCAGGACAGAGUAAGAGGGUAAAGACAGAAAGAGAAAGAGAAAGAGAGAGUGGGAGCGAGACACAUAAAUAGGGAAAAACGAAAAGAAACUUGAAUAAAUCAUUGCCGAGAGAGCGCAGUAAGAGUGGCGUAUAUGACGUGUACUGUUGUUGUCACGUUUGGGGUUUGGUUAUUUCCUUAUCUUUUUACUACUAUCCCUAUUGCUACAUCAAACAACUGUCUAUCAUCCUAUCAUUCGUUGUCGUGUAGUCACUAACGUGGUGGCAAAUUGAUUUUGCCAACAUGGACGAUCACGAUCAACAAUUCUGCUUGAGAUGGAAUAACCAUCAGAGUACAAUUAUCAGCGUAUUCGGUACUCUGAAGGAAAAUGAAGCAUUAGUUGAUUGUACCCUGGCAGCUGAGGGUAAAUUUCUGAAAGCUCACAAAGUCGUCUUAUCAGCAUGUAGUCCGUAUUUUGCGACCCUCUUGCAAGAGCAAUAUGAUAAACAUCCGAUCUUUAUACUGAAAGAUGUUAAAUAUCAAGAGCUAUGCGCCAUGAUGGACUAUAUGUAUCACGGCGAGGUCAAUAUCUCGCAAGAUCAAUUGGCUGCUUUGCUUAAGGCCGCGGAAUCUUUGCAAAUUAAAGGUUUAUCCGAUAAUCGUUCAACAGGCGGUAGCACGGUCCCAAAACAAGAACAUCACAGAGCUAGCAUGCCACCUACGCCGAAAUUAUCCGGUGGCUAUACGCUUGAGCAAACUAAGCGCGCCCGCAUUGCACUUGGACCUGGUUCGAUAGAUAACCAAGAGAUGGGCUCACGCGAAGGCUCAUCAAGUCCGUCAAGAAGACGUCGAAAAAUGGGACGCAGAAGUAUUGAAAAUGCCACGACUGAUGUCCACGACAAUGCAAAUUCAUCACAACAGCCGCCUGGCCCGAAUGCUGCCGUUGCCCUCUCCGGUGUCGGUGCCAUUACCGCAGCUGCUUCCGCUUUGGCUGCUGGUACAAUUGCAACAUCUUUGCCAGCCGGCGCCAGUUUGGCAGGCACCUCAACAUCUCUAGCUGCUCCUGCUGUUAUGUCUGGUGCAGCUAUUUCGGGUACGACGACCAGCACCACCAAAAAGACUGAAAGCCUUAAAGCGGCAAGUCAACAAUCAUCAGAUGCCAUGAACACCGACAAUGUACAAGGUUCAAAUUUGGCUAAUAUCGAUGCUGUCUCUGAACAUCUUCACCAUCAUUCAACACAUCAUCAUCAUGCUGGUGAUAUUGUUGAUAAAUCGUCGAAUCAUAAACAACAAAAACAAACAUCUAAAGAUGCAUCGGGCAGUGGCGGCGGACCUUCAUCUGAGCUUGUUAUCGAACCAAAAAGUGAAUACGAUGAUGAGGGCAACGACGAGGCCGUAGAAGAUUUAACAUUGGAUGAAGAAGAUAUGGCCAUUGAUGAUUUGGAUCAAAAUGCGGGCACCAGUCAAGGCGGUGAAGGAUCUAGUCAUGGAUAUGCACCCUGGCAACCUGAUCGAUCUCAGAAUGAAUUAUUAUUGGAAACACAAGAAGCGCAGCAACGGGAUCCUCAAGAUACAAUUUUCUCUGCCCAAGAUGAUCUCAAUGUCAGCAAUGCUUCUAAUAGUAAAAUGGUUGCCGGUAAUACUACCGCUGCCUCUCUUACUGGUUCUAUUAAUUCUACGCAAAGUGAAUCGCGCAUACGGGUACGGAAUUGGAUAAUGUUGGCUGAUCAAUCGGUUCUCGAGAAAACAGCAGCCAAUGAAACCUCAAGCGAAUCCUUAACCCUGAACAAUAAUAACAAUAAUAACAUUGAGGCUGGACUAACAUCAAUUACCACUAAUACCGCAACUACGAAUGUAGCUACCAGUACAAGUUGUGGUAGUGCCGGAGGAUCCAAUUGUAAUCAAAUUACCGCGCCACCCCUAUUACAAUUGAAACCGAAGAUGACUCUCGAUCCGAAUACACAGGCAACUAUGACACGUAUUGGUAGCAUUGGUCGUACUACUAUAGCUUGUAUAACACCCGCUGGUACGGGACCGGUGGUCGGUUCGCAUAACGGUAGUGUUGGUAUGAAUACUGCGGCCGCGUUAGCUGCUGCCGGUGUUGAACUGGACACUGUCGACGAUAGCAUGACAGAAGUUAUAGUGAAAAUUGAAAAUUCCGCUUCAUCGAUAAAUGAUGAAGACGAAGAAGCACACGAAGAGAGCGAGGAACCCGAUGAUGAUGAUACUGAAUUAAACUAUGAUAUUAAAUUAUCCAGUCCCAUGGAAUGGUCUUUAGAUGCUGUAAAAAUCGAGCAAGAAGAAGAAUUUGAAGAUAUAUUAUCAGCUGGUCAGGAUCUCGCCGAUGAAGAUUUAUUGACAACAGCAGCGGCUUCAGCUAAAUUAGCUGCUGAGUCAAAUGAUGCUAACAAUAUGCCACGUAAAAGGCGCACUUUAUUAAUGAAAAAAUCAUCAGCCAUGAAUUCGCCAGCAGCGGCUGUAACCCAUAUCGAACUGCAGACACCGGAACAAUUAUUAGAACAACAACAACACUUGCAGAAUUUACAGCUUAAACCCAAUUUACCGGUUCAAAUUAAAUUACAUUCCAUACCGGCCACAAUAACUACUAUUACACCGCAAAUGCCUCGGUCCACGGCACCGCCCUUGGCACCUCUUACUCCUAAACCACUCGAGACCCCCAGAAAUGUAUCCAAUAUGAAAUCCGCUGAUUAUCAAUCUAUGCUCUCUAAGGAUAAGCGUUAUCGUAUUUUGGUACAAAAUCAACGCAUGCGCAAAGAAUCCCUCGAACAUUCCCAAGAUAUGAUCUAUAAUGCUGACAUUGAAAAGCCCUGGGUAUGCCGUAAUUGCAAUCGCAAUUAUAAAUGGAAAAAUAGUUUAAAAUGUCAUUUGAAAAACGAAUGUGGCCAACCACCGCGUUAUUUUUGCAGUAAAUUGUGUGGUUAUGCCACCAAUGUUCAUAGUAACUUAAAACGUCAUUUAAACACAAAAUGCCGCGAUCGUAACGAGGAGGAGAAUGCAACAAAUCAAAAUUUAGCCCAACAAUCACCACAGCAGCAACAACAACAGCAGCAGCAGCAGCAGCAGCAGCAGCAAUCGUCUCAGCAACAGCAAUCACAAACGCAAUCGCAAUCUCAAUCGCAAUUAAUGUCACGUCAAUCUGCCGCCGCCGUUGCCGCUAUUGUAAAUGAUAAUAAUCCGACCAUUGUACCCAGUACUACUACUACUACGAUGACCUCGUCUUCAACGGGGGCCACCGAACAGGGUAGUACUUCGUAUACGUUGGUCUUACAAAAAAGUGAAUAGAAGUGAGUACACGUUCGAGAACGAGUCUUACGUAUGCUACGUCGCAAAAAUUAUAGAAAACGAUAUUAACAUGACCAUGAGAGAAAGGGUGAGAGA